GCGGCGCGGGCCCUGCCGAGGAGUAUCGGCCGGGAUCGAAGUCCCGCGCGCCCCCGCCCCCCGGCCGCCCCGCCGCCUCGGCUUCUUGGCACGCGUCCAACCGAGCCACCGGGCCGAUCGAUGGCGCCCCUCGCGACGCCUCCCGGGGGCUCCGGGCCGCCUCCGGGGCCCCCGAAGGCGCGCCGGGGCCCAACGGGGCCGGGGCGAGCGGCGGUGGCACCGAGGGCGCACGAGUCGAGCGCCGAGUGAGGUCAAGCUGCGCGCGCCUGGGUGUGUGCCGCAGCCUCCGCCGUCAGUAUCAGCGAGGACGCAGCGCCGGCACCACCAGCAGCCACCCUCUUGAUGCUGUUCCCGAGCGGCAACCGGUGAUGGGCGGUUGGCGCGAGGUGGGCGUGAUCGCCGUGCUGGUGGCCGCCGCGGCCGUGUGCCCGACGGCCGCCAACCCGGACGCCAAGCGGCUCUACGACGACCUGCUGUCCAACUACAACAAGCUGGUGCGUCCCGUCAUGAACACGUCGGACGUCUUGCGCGUCUGCAUCAAGCUCAAGCUCUCGCAACUCAUCGACGUGAACCUGAAGAACCAGAUCAUGACCACCAACCUCUGGGUCGAGCAGAGCUGGUACGACUACAAGUUGCAGUGGGACCCUCGCGAGUACGGCGGCGUGCAGAUGCUGCACGUGCCCUCGGACCACAUCUGGCGGCCCGACAUCGUGCUCUACAACAAUGCAGACGGGAACUAUGAGGUGACCCUAAUGACCAAGGCUACGGUCUACUACCACGGGAAGGUCUUGUGGCAGCCGCCCGCCGUUUAUAAGUCCUCCUGCGCGAUCGAUGUCGAAUAUUUCCCCUAUGACAUCCAAACAUGCGUUUUGAAAUUGGGAAGUUGGACCUAUGACGGGUUCAAGGUCGACCUGAGACACAUGGACGAAAAGAUCGGCUCCAACGUCGUUGAGGUCGGGGUUGACCUCUCAGAGUUCUACAUGUCCGUCGAGUGGGACAUCCUCGAGGUGCCCGCCGUCAGGAACGAGAAGUUCUACACGUGCUGCGACGAACCGUACCUGGAUAUCACGUUCAACAUCACGAUGCGCCGCAAGACCCUUUUCUACACGGUCAACAUCAUCAUCCCCUGCAUGGGCAUCUCCUUCCUCACCGUGCUCACCUUCUACCUACCGUCGGACAGCGGAGAAAAGGUGACACUGUCUAUCUCGAUCCUCAUUAGCCUCCACGUGUUCUUCCUGCUGGUUGUGGAGAUCAUUCCUCCCACGAGCCUGGUGGUGCCGCUGCUGGGCAAGUACCUCAUAUUCGCCAUGAUACUCGUCUCGAUAAGCAUAUGCGUUACGGUGGUGGUGCUCAACGUUCACUUCCGGUCGCCACAGACGCACAGGAUGGCGCCGUGGGUGAAGCGCGUGUUCAUCCACAUUCUGCCGCGGCUGCUGGUGAUGCGUCGGCCGCAGUACCAGUACGAGCUGCACCGCUACAACCGCUGUAUGCUGCCGCAGGCCUACUACCCCUACCAGCCGACCGCGCCCUCCGAGCCACCCGUCCUCAUCGAGCAGCCGCGUCCGCCCUCAAGGGCGCACUCCCUCAAAGAGGAGUUGUCCUCCUCGCCCAGUUCGCUGUCGUGCUGCUCGACCCCCCGAGAGGCGUUGAUCGCGGCGAUCGCGCGGCGCGUCGAGCUGCACCAGCAGAGGCAGCGCCGCCUGCGGCGCCACCGGCAGCUGCACCGCGCCCAGCAGCACACCGAGGAGAUCAGCGACGACGAUGACGACGACGACGACCAGGCCACAGGAAUGGCGGCGCCCCUUCCGCCCGAGUUCUCGGCGUCGGGGUCUCUGCGGGGCAGCUGCCAAAUCCACGGGCCACCACCCGGGCCACCACCCGGUUCCCCGCCCCUCGUGCUCACCCCGCCGCCCCUGGACUCCGUGAUGGGGCCUGGCGUGGCCGCCGACGACGCCGAAGACAAGAGUCCAGUGCUCAACAACCCCGCCUUCUCGCACACAAACUGCCCGCCGGAAGUGCACAAGACCUGCUUCUGCGUCCGCUUCAUCGCCGAGCACACUCGCAUGCUCGAAGAAUCCACUAAGGUCAAGGAAGAUUGGAAAUACGUGGCGAUGGUGCUGGACCGGUUGUUCCUUUGGAUUUUCACGCUGGCAGUGCUGGUGGGCACCGCGGGCAUCAUUCUGCAGGCACCGACGCUUUACGACGACCGCGUGCCCAUCGACAAGAAGUUUUCAGAAUUUGCCACCACUACCGUGAGGAGAAUCAUCUGAAGAAGAAGAGUCUUUAGUUAUUUGUUGUUAGUUUGUGUUUUGUGUUAGCUCCGUACACUUUGAGAACAAAUAAAAUAUAUUUUAGAUUUCGUAGACUAAGAUGUUUUCAAUAAAAUGCGUGCAAUCCUUGUUGGCAAUAACAA